AUUCUUUGGUCGGAACUUCAAUGCAAAGAGCGAUUCUUCUGGCGCUGAUUGUGGCUGCCGUCGCCGUGUCGACCGCAAGCGCAGCAGCCCUGCCCAUGCUCACAGCUGAGCAGCUUCAGCUCUUCACGGCGCCCUUCUUCUCGACCCGCAAGCCGACUGGCGGGUUGGAUAUGCCGUGCGACACAGCUGGCGGUGUCUCAGAGACUGUUCCCACUUCUGUGCACAUGCUUCGCCCUGGCGAUAUCAAGGUUGUUGCCGCGUUGGGUGACAGUCUCACUGCAGCCUAUGCAGCAAUGGAUCCCUCCAUUGACGGCAUGCUGUACGAAUAUCGCAACAUUUCCUGGAGCGUUGGCGGCGGCGGUUCCCUCGCAGAGCAGAUCACCUUGCCCAACAUCCUUAAAGAAUACAACCCGGACGUGACCGGCUUUAGCACAAGUGUCAACACAUUGUUUCAGAUUCCCCCCACCGCCGGGCUGAACGUUGCGGUUUCCGGCGCGAUUGCCACCGGCUUGCCUGCUCAAGCCAGGAGCCUGGUCAACAAGACCAAGAGCGAUCCGACCAUUGACUGGGAGAAAGACUGGAAGGUGGUCACGCUUUUCAUUGGUGGCAACGAUGCCUGCGCUCUUUGCUUGAAUGAAACCCUGCACUCGCCGCAGUUCAUCCGCGACAACAUUGAGGCCGCUCUGGACAUCCUCCUGGAAGGGCUUCCACGCACGCUGGUCAACUUGGUUGAGUUGCUCGAUGUUACCCAGCUGUUUGAGGUGCACGAUGACAUGUGCGACGCCUUGCACCAGCAGCUGUGCCCUUGCCUCGGAGGAGUCAACGACACUACUAUUCGUGCCAACAUUUCCGCCACCAUUGUCGAGUACCAACGGGCCGUUGCUGAACUCGCUCAGUUGCCAAAGUACAACUCGCACGAGAACUUUACGGUCGUCGACCAGCCCUUCUUCUCCAAGACCAAGAUCCCGCUCUUGGCCGACAAUGUUACGCCCGAUCGCUCGUACUUUGCCGUUGACUGCUUCCACUUUGCAUCUAUUGCCCACGAGGCUUCAGGCUUGGCUCUUUGGAACUCGAUGGUUGAGCCCGUCGGACACAAGCGCACCGACUGGAAGAUUGGCGAACCGCUCGAGUGCCCGUCCGACGCGCACAACCGCCCCUUCUUCUUUACCAACUACAACUCGUAUCUGUACUUGAAGUAUGGCUCCCAAUUCGGGCCCGGGUCCGACAGCGAUGACCACGCUGUUGCCAUUGGCGUCGGCGUGUCGGUUGGUGUCGUCGCCCUGCUCGUCGUGAUUGUGCUGUUCGUCCGCUGGUACAACAGGCGCCAUUCCUACCAGCGCUUGUAGAUAGAGCAACUGCGCUGGGGGGGGAGGUGUGUCCUCCUGCCGCUCUUUGAUGGAGAUUCAUGGGUGGUUUUUUGUAAUUGUUGUUUUGAAAUUUGUUGAACAAAAAAAGUUUUCAUUAUCGUU